AUGGCUGCCACCUCGACCAAACGGCCGAACAUCCUGUUCAUCAUGGCCGAUGAUCAUGCUGCCAAGGCAAUUGGCUGCUACGGUGCCGGCAUCAACCAGACCCCCAACCUGGACCGACUGGCGAGGGACGGCAUGAAAUUCAACCACUGUUAUGUCACAAACUCCAUCUGCACUCCCAGCCGUGCCACCAUUCUGACCGGCACCCACAACCACGUCAACGCCGUCAUGACCCUGGACAGCAAAAUCAACAACCAUCUGCCCAAUGUUGCAAAGCAAUUGCGGGCGGGCGGCUACCAAACAGCCAUGAUUGGCAAGUGGCAUCUGGGAGAGGGCACUCCACACCAGCCCACCGGCUUCGACUACUGGUCCGUUCUGCCCGGUCAGGGCGCCUAUCAUGACCCGGAAAUGAUCGAGAUGGGCGAGUCCGUCGUCGAGCGGGGCUAUGCCACCGAGAUCAUCACGAACAAAACCCUCGACUGGAUCCAGAAGCGGGACAAGGACCGACCCUUUUUCGCCAUGUGCCACCACAAGGCACCGCACCGGUCGUGGGAGUGCCAUCCCAAGUACAAGUCCUGGUACGACGAGGACAUCAAGAUUCCUGACACCUUCACCGACGACUACAAGAACCGCGCCAAGGCGGCGAAGGUGGCCAAGAUGCGUGUAGCCGACGACCUCACCUACAAUGAUCUGGGCUUGGUCCAGCCCGACGGUGGCUUGGGCGUCGGAGCCCCGCUCUUCAAUGGCUCCCGGGAGCGCAAAAUCCCCAACCCAGACGACGUAACCCGCCUGUGCCUGAUCGACAAGGAGUCAGGCACCAGCUACUCGUUCCAGACAAAGGCCGAGCUGGCCGAGUUCAAGUUCCAGCGCUACAUGAAGCGCUACCUCCGCACCAUUCAGUCCAUCGACGACAGCGUGGGCGAGCUGCUGGACUUUGUCGACGCCGACGCGGAGCUCAAGGAGAACACGCUCAUCAUCUACACGUCGGAUCAAGGCUUCUUCCUGGGCGAGCACGGCUGGUUCGACAAGCGCUUCAUGUACGAGGAGUCGUUCCAGAUGCCGUUCCUGGCCCGCUUCCCGCGCGAAAUCGCCGCCGGCAGCGUGUGCGACGACAUCAUCUCCAACGUCGACUUCGCCGCCACCUGGCUCGAUCUCGCCGGCGUCCGUCUCCCCACGUACAUGCAGGGCGUCUCGUUCCGGCCGCUACUGCAGGGCCGCACGCCCGCGGGCUGGCACCAGGUGGCCUACCACCGGUACUGGAUGCACGCCGACCCCAUCCACGACGCAUACGCGCACUACGGCGUGCGCGACCAGCGAUACAAGCUCAUCUACUGGUACAACGAAGGGCUCGGCCUGGGCGGCACCGGCGCGGGCGGACAGGAGCGGGAGUGGGAGCUGUUCGACUGCGAAAAGGAUCCGCUGGAGCUGUUCAACGUGUACGGCGACGCCGAGUACCAGGACGUCGUGGGCCGGAUGACGCGGCUGCUGGAUGAGAAGAUGGCCGAGAUUGGCGACGAGCCGUUGCACAGGACGCUGCUGGCGGGCGCAAAGGACGGGCUGAGUCGGUUUGAUGAUGCAAAGGCCGGGGUGCGGAAUCAUUGA